AUGAGCCUUUUAUACCAAAAUCAAGUCCUUUACACAGCAUUUGGUUUCCAUAACUCGCGGCCCGUUUUUAUCGGAAUAUUCAUUAUAUUUCAGUACAUAUUCUCUCCGUAUAACGAAAUUCUAUCAUUUCUGAUGACAUGUUUGGGCCGUCGGUUUGAGUUCGCGGCCGACGCCUUCGCCAAACACAUGAACAGAACCGCAGACCUGAGGAGUGCUCUCAUUAAGCUGAACAAAGACAACCUCGGAUUCCCGCUCUACGAUUGGUUGUACUCGAGUUGGUAUCACUCGCAUCCACCACUUCUUGAGCGCAUCCGAGCUCUCGGAAAGAUUGACUGA